AGAUGAUUUCCGUUGUACAUUACUUGCAAGUCGGUGACGAUUGACGGGAGUCCAUCAGCUCAGUGGCCGUUGAUGGACCAUCCCUAUGAAGAAACAGGGUUACAAUGGGACAGAGUACCUCGGAACAAGAGGUCCAAGGAGGCAGCCCAGAGGUUACAGAGGACGGGUUUGAUAACAUCAAGAUAUUUGUGGAGGAGGAACUACAGACGAGCAUGAUGGUGGGGAUGGUGAUUGGUGCAGGCAUUGCCAUAGUCCUUAUCGCCAUCCUCAUCUUCUUCAUCUUGCGGAGGAUCCAGCUUCGAAACAUAGAAGCUCAGGAGGCCCCCAAAUACCGCUUUCGCAAGAGGGACAAAGUCAUGUUCUACGGACGAAAGAUCAUGCGUAAAGUCUCUCAGUCUACCUCUUCCUUGGUGGGUACAUCCUCUUCCUCUCGGCCACGCCUAAAGAAGAAACAGAAGAUGCUCAACAUUGCCAAAAAGAUCCUGCGCUUUAAAAAGGAGGUGCCCACCCUGCAGGCCAAGGAGCCCCCUCCCUCAGUGUUGGAGGCUGACCUCACUGAAUUUGACGUGGCCAAUUCACACCUCCCCUCUGAGGUGCUCUACAUGCUCAAAAAUGUCCGCGUGCUGGGUCACUUUGAGAAGCCCCUCUUCCUGGAGCUGUGUAAACACAUGGUGUUUGUGCAGUUCCAACAAGGGGAGUACGUCUUCAGACCGGGCCAGCCUGACAGCAGCAUCUACGUGGUUCAGGAUGGGAAACUAGAAUUGUGCCUUACUGGAACGGAUGGCAAAGAAAGUGUGGUGAAGGAGGUUUACCCAGGAGACAGUGUCCACAGCCUCCUCAGCAUCCUGGAUGUCAUCACAGGCCACCAGAAGCCUUACAGAACGGUGUCAGCACGGGCUGCAGAGGUUUCCACUGUUCUCCGUUUACCUGUUGAUGCCUUCCUCUCUAUAUUUGAGAAGUACCCUGAGAGCCUGGUGCGGGUAGUACAGAUUAUCAUGGUUCGUCUCCAAAGAGUAACAGUCCUAGCCCUGCACAACUAUCUGGGACUCACCAAUGAGCUCUUCAGUCAUGAAAUGCAGCCCUCGCGUCUGCCACCACCAUCUCCACACCCAACUCGCACCAGUCCCAUCCGGCAUGGUAAACGCUUUGGCAGCCUAACUGUGCCUGAGGAGCAUCGGGAAGCUGCCAUUAAGGGUGAAGCUUCAGGAGGGGAACAAGGGAAGGAUGGAGCAACAGUGCCAACUCUCAGCAGGACCAUCUCCAUGCCUGUGGACAUUGCUGGUAUGCAGAAAAGUCUGAGAUCGGACUUUGACAUGGCGUACGAAAGAGGACGGAUCUCUGUCUCUGCAGAGGAUGGAAACACUCCUCCUACAUUUACCCGGUCUGUAUCCCAGGACCAGCGGGAGCGGAGGGUGACAGUGGAUGAGGUUCCCUCAGGGAUCUAUCUGUACCCAGAGGAAGAGCCGGGAGUGGACAACAUCUUCACACCAGUGUCCAGUCGAUCCUGUGCUGCUCUGUUUGAGGAAGCUCAGAAAGAGAUCCUCAAACUCAUGAAGAUUGAGGAGCCAUCCUUGUUAAAUGGGAAAGUGACUCUGCAUCAUGCAAAAGCUGGAGCUGUCUUAGCCAGACAAGGAGACCAGGACGUGAGUCUGCACUUUGUCCUGUCUGGUUGUCUGCACGUCUACCAGCGGAUGAUUGACAAGCAGGAAGCUGUCUGCUUGUUUGUGACCCACCCGGGGGAGAUGGUAGGCCAGCUCGCCGUGCUCACCGGAGAGCCCCUCAUCUUCACCAUCAAGGCCGUCAGAGACUGUACUUACCUCAAGAUCUCAAAGUCGGAUUUCUACGAGAUCAUGAGGGAGCAGCCCAGUGUGGUGCUGAGUGCAGCUCACACGGUGGCCAUCCGCAUGUCCCCCUUUGUCAGGCAGAUGGACUUUGCUAUUGACUGGAUGGCUGUGGAGGCUGGCAGAGCCCUCUACAGACAGGACGACCAAUCAGACUGCACCUACAUAGUUCUGAAUGGACGUCUGCGUUCAGUCAUCCGCAAGGCAAAUGGCAAAAAAGAACUAGUUGGGGAAUACGGCAGAGGAGACCUCAUCGGAGUGGUGGAGGCAUUGACCAGGCAGCCAAGAGCCACCACAGUCCACGCUGUGAGAGACACAGAGCUGGUCAAACUUCCAGAGGGAACGCUCAACAACAUCAAAAGACGCUAUCCCCAGGUGGUGACAAGGCUGAUUCAUCUGUUAGGCCAGAAGAUUUUGGGGAACCUGCAGCAGGGCCGCGGGCCCUUCUCAGGCUCAACCCUGAGUCUGCCCAGUAUGACAGCCAGUGCUGAUGUCACCAACCCUGCCAGCAACCUCUCCACUGUGGCUGUCCUGCCUGUAUGCGAUGAGGUGCCGAUCAAUGCGUUCAACCUGGAGCUUAGCCAUGCCCUUAGUGCCAUUGGGCCCACUCUGCUAUUAACCAGUGAAAUCAUCAGAGAGCGACUGGGCGUCUCUGCUUUGGACAGUAUCCAUGAGUACCGUCUCUCCGGCUGGCUGGCCCAGCAGGAAGACAUCAAUCGGAUUGUCCUCUACCAGACUGACAACAGCAUGACCCCCUGGACUCAGCGCUGCAUCCGCCAAGCUGACUGCAUUCUCAUCGUUGGCCUGGGGGACCAAGAACCUGCCCUGGGAGAGCUGGAGCAGAUGCUGGAGAACACAGCAGUUCGUGCUCUGAAGCAGCUGGUUCUUCUGCACAGAGAGGAUGGGCCGGGCCCCUCCAGGACAGUCGAGUGGCUCAACAUGCGUAGCUGGUGCUCCGGACAUCUGCACCUCAAGUGUCCCCGCAGGGUCUUCUCCAGACGCAGCCCCAGCAAACUAAGGGAUGUAUAUGAGAAGGUGUUUGAGAAAACGGCAGACAGGCACAGUGACUUCUCUCGGCUGGCCCGAGUCCUGACUGGAAACAGCAUCGCCGUGGUGCUGGGAGGGGGAGGAGCCAGAGGCUGCUCUCAUGUGGGUGUGAUCAAAGCUAUGGAGGAAGCAGGGAUUCCUAUUGACAUAGUGGGUGGGACGUCAAUCGGCUCAUUCAUUGGCGCAUUGUAUGCUGAGGAGAGGAGUGCCGUCAGAACCAAACAGAGAGCCAGAGAGUGGUCCAAGGCAAUGAACUCAGUAUUCAAAACAGUGCUGGACCUGACUUAUCCCAUCACCUCCAUGUUCUCUGGUUCUGCCUUCAACACCAGCAUCUAUAAAGUGUUUCAGGACAAGCAAGCUGAGGACCUGUGGCUGCCGUACUUCAACGUCACCACUGAUAUCACGGCCUCAGCCAUGCGUGUUCACCAGGAUGGUUGCGUCUGGCGAUAUGUUAGAGCCAGCGCCUCCUACACCCCCUAUUUACCUCCCCUGUGCGACCCCAAGGAUGGCCACUUGCUUGUGGAUGGUUGCUAUGUUAACAAUGUCCCAGGAUCUCUGUGGCGCUAUGUGCGGGCGAGCAUGACCCUCUCGGGGUACCUGCCGCCUCUCUGCGACCCCAAAGAUGGCAACUUGCUAAUGGAUGGUGGCUACAUCAACAACCUGCCAGCGGACAUUGCGAGGAACAUGGGUGCCAGAACAGUCAUUGCCAUCGACGUGGGAAGCCAAGAUGAAACCGACCUCUGUAACUAUGGCGACUGCCUGUCUGGCUGGUGGUUGCUGUGGAAACGGAUCAAUCCCUGGGCAGAGAAAGUAAAGGUCCCUGACAUGGCAGAGAUCCAGUCUCGGUUGGCCUAUGUGUCCUGUGUGCGACAGUUAGAGGUGGUAAAGAAGAGUGCCUACUGCGAGUACAUCAGACCGCCCAUUGACCGUUUUAAGACCAUGGACUUCGGCAAGUUUGACGAGAUCUAUGAUGUUGGCUACCAGCACGGCAAGUUGCUAUUUACUGGCUGGGCCCGAGGUGACAUCAUCGAGAACAUGCUAAGGGACCACCGCUCAGCCGACUACAACGACAGCAAGAGAACUGACUCCUGCACGUGUACGGGAGCAGACUUUACUGACCUUGCAGAGAUUGUAUCCAGGAUAGAGCCAGUGCAAAGCUACGUAUCUGCAGAAGCGGAGGAGUCAGACUGUCUGACAGAAUACGAGGAAGAUGGGAUGGACACUGUGAGAGAGGAGGAGGGGGAGGAAGAGGAGGAAGAGGCAGAGGACCCUGAGGACCAGUCCCCCGGAGAGUGGGUCCAGAAUGGAGUCUUUCAGACUGAUGAGGAGAAAUCUGUGCGACAACGCAGGAAACUCACCAGUGACUCCAACACCUCCGAAGUCUCUGACUGCUGACAGAGGGCCACGGAGGAAUAGAGGGAGAGACGCGAGAACAAGGGCCAAAAUACGGGUCCAAAAACUGUCACAGCUAAAGACUUGGGACGAGGCCACACACAGCCCCUGCAACUUCUGAAACUCUUCUGGAAAACUGUUUUCCUGCAGGAAAUUGCUGUUCAUGCUCGAAACUGUCGAACCUUCUUUGCAUCAAGUGACUUCCUUCCUCACUCUCACGCUCUUCACGUUUGACACCACCAUCAAAAAUGAAUAUGUACGUUCUCGAAUAGGACCCAUUCCCACUCAGCAGAUUCUCUCAUCACUUUCACACCAAACUGAGCUAUUGCCAGAAUCCCUGCCUGCCAACUCCCAAACCUGCCAAAACAGGGACUCCCACAGUAACCAACACAACAAAAGAGGGACGCCUAAAACUUUCAAUUCACUCUCCUGUUCCUCAGUUUCAGAUAGCCAGAAGGACCCCCGUCUGUGUCUCUCAAUCUUUACGUAUGCCCGUACAUCUUCAUUGCACUCCAUUAGCGUAUUACAUGGUUCUUUAAUUUCAUGUGUGCGCUUGAUGGGAUGCGUGUGUAUAUGUUGACUGCUGUGAUUUGUUGAAAUAGUAGCAGGACACAGAAGGAGAGUGAGAAUUACACAUACUAGAGCUCUAGAUAGCAAGAGUUAUGUAAGUUUAGUGUUAGAUGUCAAGUAGAGAGUCAGCAAAGGGAAUCUGUAGAAGGAAUAGAUGUCAGUGUAGGCGCCAAAGUAGACUUUAUGUUGACUGAACAGAGUUGGACCAGUGUUAGAAAGCAGAACAAGGAUGAGUAAAACCAGGAGACAUUUAAAGAGAGUUGUGACAUUAAGUGUGUGGAUGCAAGAAAAAAAAAAAAGAUGGACCAGUGUGUAAAGUUUUAAUUUAAUUUAUUUACAAUUCACUCAGAGUAGAGUAGAGGAAGCUUGGUGCGCUGUAGGUGAACUGAACAGAUGAUGGUGCAAAAUAUGUCAUGAAAACCACGAAUGAAUGAAAUGAUUUCACUGAGUGGAUGACUUUGUGUUUGUGUGCUUGAGACUAGGUGUUUUGUUUGAACUGAUGCCAGAUAAAGACGUUGCCUUUUCAACCACUGUUGGAUCCACUCACAGUGACUGUAGAGAAGAGAGACACUACACAACAAACCAAUGUGUGCCCGCUUCUGCUUGAAAAAGGUCACACAUUCAGUACUCGAGGUUCCUGUGUAUAAUGGACAAUACGUUGUUGAUGUCUGAGACUGUACAGAAAUUUCAAAACCUUGCCAACAAAUUAUUGUCAAAUAAUGUACAGAAACCCUUAGUACUCCUUUACUUCAAAUAGGCAGAAUUCACCUCAUGUAACUAUUAACACGUAAUUACAUGGACCUCUUGUAGAUUGUAACAAGAUUCCAUUAUAAUAUACACAAUGUUGAUAUUCAUAUAUGUAUAUGAGGUGGAAAUUUGUAAGUUUAUGCUUUGCUGCAAAACAACGGAACCUACGCAUAAAAAAUAGUUUCUUCUUUUACAAUUAAUUUUGUUUUAUUUAUAUGUGUUAACUACUGGCUUUUUAAAAAAACUUUUUUUUUUUAAUUUAGGGUUGGGAGGGCGGUGUCUUAUUUUAAUUAACUUGGCUUUAGCUGUUUUGCACUGAAAUAUUUGAAGUAUUCCUUGCUCAGAAGAUGUUUGGUUUAAUAAUAGCCAACCUUGAGAUGCCAAGGGAAUCUGAAGAAUAAAAAACAGAGACGAUAAUUUAAUAUACAUACUGGGAAAAUAAAUAUAAUAUGCAGUA